ACGGGACAACCCCAUCGUCAUCGUCAUCAGCAAUCGACAGCCAGGAAACCGAAAGCAAAGGAGCAGAGCAGGAAAUGGCGCUGAACCUCUCUACUAGCUUCGUGCCCAGAACGUUCUCUCCGCCUUCCCUCCCCGUCGGGAAGGGGAAGAGCCGGGGCUGUCGUCCGGCGGCGGUUAGCUGCCGGAAGAAGGACCUUCACCCGGAGUUCUACGACGACGCGAAGGUGUACUGCAACGGGGAGCUGGUGAUGACCACCGGCGGAACCCAGAAGGAGUACGUAGUGGAUGCGUGGUCCGGAAACCACCCCUUCUACCUCGGAAACCGCUCCGGCGUCCUCGUCGACGCCGACCAGGUCGAGAAGUUCAGGAAGAAGUUCGGCGGCCUUUCCGAGAUCAUGGAGAUUCCCGUCCUCAAGGGCGAGAUCGUCAUCCCCAGCAGGCGCAAGGCCGCUGGUAAGGGCAAGAAGAAGUGACGCAUCGUCCGGGUUCAGUUCAGAUCAUGUAAUUGGGUAAAUUGCUCCUCAAAGUGAGGUUUUUAAGGUUGUCCUGUUCGCGGCUUCUCCAUUACUGGGCUGUGUAGUUAGAUUGAUUGCAGUGUCGGGAACUCGCUGGUUUAAUGAAAAGGGGCUUAUGGCAAUGGAUUGAUUCAUGGCUAUUUCA